GUAUAUCCAAAGUUCCAAACACCCUGUACUAUUCAAGUUUUUUUAUCAUGGUUUGCUUGCUGACCUACUUUUCUCUUUUAAUUUUAUUUUUUUGUUGAGAUCAUGGAGAACUGGAGAGCUACCAGUCAUAUGCUGAAAUGGUGCUCUAAAAAACUCUUUGAUCGACAAUCACGUUGCCGAGUUUCAGGUUGUAUCUAUGAUUUUGUCAGACGUUUUGGAUCACUAAAUCCUUAUGUUGUCAAUUACCAAGAAAACAACCACACACAUUGUCAUUCGGUAUAUUACCUGCGUACAAAUUGUUGGAAGCGUGGCAGUGUACAGUCUAGAAGUUUUUCAUCAGAAUCAACUGUAAUCCACAGGAACCCAAAUUUUUCAACAAUCAACUCAGAUGACAUUAGUCAUUUCAAGAAGAUAUCAGGAGAAAGCGGUGUGGUUGAAGAUGAGGACACACUUAAUGCUGUAAACAUGGAUUGGUUGCAUAAAUACAAGGGUGCAAGUAAGCUUAUGCUCCAACCUAGAAGCACCAAGGAGGUAUCUCAGAUUCUUAAACAUUGCAAUUCCAGAUGCCUUGCUGUUGUUCCUCAAGGUGGAAAUACAGGUCUUGUGGGAGGGAGUGUUCCCGUGUUUGAUGAGGUGGUUAUCAAUCUUGGCUCCAUGAAUAGAAUAAUUUCCUUUGACAAGGUUAGUGGUAUACUGGUAUGUGAAGCUGGCUGCAUUCUGGAAAACCUGAUUUCAUUCCUAGAUAACCAAGGGUUUGUUAUGCCACUUGAUCUAGGAGCUAAAGGAAGCUGUCAAAUUGGUGGAAACGUCUCAACUAAUGCUGGUGGAUUGCGACUUCUUCGUUAUGGUUCACUCCAUGGGAAUGUUCUUGGUGUUGAAGCUAUUUUACCAAAUGGCACUGUGCUUGACAUGCUUGGAACUUUACGAAAAGAUAAUACUGGAUAUGACUUGAAGCAUUUAUUUAUUGGAAGCGAAGGAUCCCUAGGGAUCAUAACUAAGGUUUCCAUACUUACUCCUCCAAAGCUGUCUUCAGUAAAAUUGUGCUUUCUUGCUUGCAAUGAUUAUGCCAGCUGCCAGAAACUCUUGUUGGAAGCGAAAAAGAAGCUUGGGGAAAUUCUUUCAGCAUUCGAAUUUUUGGAUGCCAAUGCAAUGGAUCUGGUUCUGAAACAUUUAGAAGGUGUUCGUAAUCCAUUCCCGUCCUCUACACACAACUUCUAUGUCCUGAUAGAGACAACAGGGAGUGAUGAAGUUCAUGACAUGGAGAGGCUGGAGUCCUUCUUAAUGCAUUCAAUGGAAAGUGGCUUGCUAACUGAUGGUGUUGUUGCACAAGAUAUAAAUCAAGCAUCAUCAUGCUGGCAUAUUCGUGAGGGUAUACCUGAAGCUUUGAUGAAAGCUGGAGCUGUUUACAAAUAUGAUUUGUCUAUACCAGUUGAAAAGAUGAAUGAUCUUGUUGAGGAAAUGCGAACACGUCUAGAUGCUAGAGCCAAAGUAGUAGCAUAUGGCCACCUUGGGGAUGGGAACUUACAUCUCAAUAUAUCCGCGCCACAGUAUGAUGAUAAUAUUUUAUCACAAAUUGAACCUUUCGUUUAUGAGUGGACGUCAAAACAUCGUGGAAGCAUAAGUGCUGAGCAUGGGCUUGGACAAAUGAAAGCCAAUAAAAUUCAUUAUAGCAAGUCACCUGAGACUGUACAAUUAAUGGCAUCUGUUAAGAGGUUGCUUGACCCUAAUGGAAUUCUCAAUCCGUAUAAAGUUCUUCCGUCUUCCCUUUUGAUUCAACAGUGACGUUCUACUCAAAUCAUAACUCUUAUUAAAUAUAUAUAUUAAUAAGCUGUCAAGCAUAAUCACCUCCUAAACUGGCCUUUCACCACAGCAAGCCUCGGGGGAUUUAUUUAUGCUCUCCAGUGGCACUUGUCCUUACAAUCCGCUUCUUCAUCGAAAAGUAUUCCGUGUUACUCAUCAUCUAUGUGUGAUCCAUCUAAAGACUUUCACUCUUUGUACUCUAUUACACAUGUAUUAUACGGAAUAUUAACAAAAGUCUUUUUGUGUAUUUUUCUACCUUGUAUGUAGUUUUGCCUUCAUGAAAAAUUAUCAAACAAACAUCAAUUCACAACUUGUUAUUUUAAAUUGAUGUGCUCUAUUGAACACAUA